CUCCCCCUGCACCGUAGCCUUUUGCUUUUGCUGUUUGUCUCUGGCCUCGCUCAGGAGGCGGUUCUGGGGUCCCGGAGUCUCUGCGAUCUCGGGGCCAGUGUUCCCUGAGGAGGGAGCCCUGAUGGACAGUUUGCUGGGUCCCAGGUACCCUUCUGGAUCUGCUGUGCUGGCCAGUCUGCCCAUCGCUGCGUCCUGCAUGUCUUCAGAGUUGCCUACAUUCUUGCAAGAACACCAGAAAAUGAACAAGUCCCAGAAAUUCCAGGCAUCAGUGUCAUUUAAGGAUGUGACUGUGGGCUUCACCCAGGAGGAGUGGCAGCAUCUGGACCCCACCCAGAGGGCCCUGUACAGAGAUGUGAUGUUGGAGAACUAUAGCAACCUUGUCGCAGUGGGCUAUUGUUUUACCAAACCAGAGGUGAUCUUCAGGUUGGAGCAAGGAGAGGAGCCAUGGAUACUGGAGGAGGAAUUCCCAAGCCAGAGGUUUCCAGACAUCUGGAAACCUGAUUACAUGACAGAGAGAAGCCAAGACAACCAGUUUCACCACGUGUGGAAAUUGGUGUUCAUGAAUAACAAAACACUAAUUAAAGAACAAAGUACUGUAAGACGAAAACCAUAUAGCUUGGAUACAGAUUUUUUUACUUCCAGAAAAAUACUCUGUCAGUAUGACUCAUGUGGAAUAAGUUUCAACUGUAUUUCAGGAUUGAAUAUUAAUAAGAAAAACUACUUAGGAAAGAAGACUGAUGAAUUUAAUGCUAGUGGAAAGUUACUAUUCAAUAUUAUGCAUGAGAAAACUCAUACUAGAGAGAAAAGUGAAUUUUUAAAAAAUGGGAAAACUUUCAGUCAUAAUGAGGACCCUAUUCAACAUGAGAAGGUUCAAACUUUGCAGCAAAAUUCUGAAUUAAACACAUAUCGAGAAACCUUUUUUGAAAAGGCAAUAUUUAAUAUGCACAAGAGACAGAUCACAGAUGGGAAUGACUGUGAAUAUAACGAAUAUAGAAGAACAUCCUGUGAGAACCCAUCCUUCUUAUUACAUCAGAUAAUGCCCUUAAAGGAAACUCACUAUAAAUUUAGUGUUUGUGGGAAAUCCUUAUGUGUGAAUUCUACACUUUUAAAGUCUCAUGGGUCAUAUAUGAAACACUGUGAUUAUAAUGAAAAUGGAAAUAAUUUCAGGAGGAAAUUAUACUGCUCACAACUUCGGAAAACUCAUAAAGGAGAGAAACACUUUGAAUGUAAUGAAUGUGGGAAAACUUUCUGGAUGAAGUCACACCUCACUCGACAUCAGAGGAUACAUACAGGACAGAAAAGCUUUCAAUGUAAUGAAUGUGGAAAAAAGUUUUGGGAGAAGUCAAACCUCACUAAACAUCAGAGGUCACACACAGGGGAGAAACCCUAUGAAUGCAAUGUAUGUGAGAAAGCCUUCAGCCACAAGUCAGCCCUCACAUUACACCAGAGAACACAUACCGGGAAGAAACCCUAUCGAUGUAAUGCAUGUGGGAAAACUUUUUACCAGAAGUCAGACCUCACUAAACAUCAGAGAACACACACAGGUCUGAAACCCUAUGAAUGCUAUGAAUGUGGGAAGUUCUUCUGUAUGAAUUCACAUCUCACUGUGCACCGGCGAACUCAUACAGGCGAGAAACCCUUUGCAUGCCCUGAGUGUGGGAAAUCUUUCUGUCAGAAGUCACAUCUCACACAACAUCAGAGAACUCACAUAGGGGACAAACCCUAUGCAUGUAAUACAUGUGGUAAAGCUUUUUACCAAAAGUCUGUACUCACCAGGCAUCAGAUAAUUCAUUCUGGGUUGAAACCUUAUGAAUGUUACAAAUGUGGAAAAACCUUCUGCUUGAAGUCUGACCUCACAGUACAUCAGAGAACUCACACAGGGGAGAAACCCUUUGCAUGUCCUGAAUGUGGGAAGUUCUUCAGCCAUAAGUCCACCCUCUCUCAACAUUAUAGAACACAUACAGGAGAGAAACCCUAUGAAUGUCAGGAAUGUGGGAAAAUAUUCUACAAUAAAUCAUACCUAACAAAACAUAAUAGAACACAUACAGGGGAGAAACCAUAUGAAUGCAGUGAAUGUGGGAAAAGCUUCUGCCAGAAAUCACAGCUGACUCAGCACCACAGAAUUCACAUAGGGGAGAAACCCUAUGAAUGUAGCGAGUGUGGAAAGGCUUUCUGUCACAAGUCAGCUCUAAUUGUGCACCAGAGAACUCAUACAGAUGAAAAGCCCUAUAAAUGUAAUGAGUGUGGCAAAUCUUUCUGUGUGAAGUCAGGACUUAUUUUACAUCAGAGAAAACACACAGGUGAGAAACCCUAUAAAUGUAAUGAAUGUGGAAAAUCAUUCAGUCACAAAUCAUCCCUCACAGUGCAUCACAGGGCUCACACAGGAGAGAAGGCUUGUCAAUGUAAAAAUUGUGGGAAAAUUUUUUACCGAAAAUCAGACCUUGCUAAACAUCAGAGAUCACACACAGGGGAGAAGCCCUAUGAAUGUAACAUGUGUGGAAAAUACUUCUCGCAGAAGUCAAACCUCAUUGUACAUCAGAGAACACACAUGGGAGAAAAUUUUAUUAUUGAAGUGCAUAUUAGAAAUGUUGAGCCACAAUUCAGCACCCACUACAACUCAGAGAGUUGAUGUGGAGAAAGUUCUCUUGAUAUUCUGAAUAAAGUAACCUUCAUCCACAAACUAGCCUAAUUUUACUCCAAAGUGAUAAUGUUGGACAAACUAAUAGACUGCAACAAAAGGAGGAUAGUGUUGUUAAGAAGUAACGUUAAUUGAAUGUGAAGUAACUGCUGAUAUAAAACCCUACAGAUUUUUUGAUUUUAUAAAAGUUUUUAGCAAAAAAUCAAAGUAGAUUGUGUCAGGAUUUAUAUUAGGGAGAAAUCUGCCAAUUUGAGACAUAUAGUUUGAAAAUUUUGUUUAGAUGUAAUGUAGUAAUAAUAAUUGUGUUUUUGUUUUGAUGACAUAAACUGUAAUGUUUAGAUUUAUAUUGUAUAAUGUAAAUCUUUAAAACAAAACAAAAAAGACAUAGCAAAAUGAAGAGAAUCACAAGAAGUUUCAAUAAUAGUAUAUAGAAAUCUCCUGUGCCUUUCCCCAAGCUUCUUCUAAUGAUUAUAUCCUACUUUACUAUAUUAUGUUCUCAAGUAAUUGAAGCCACCCUACUUUUAUGUCAGAAUCAGAUCAUAUUCAGAUUUCCCCAUCUUUAUAUGUUUUUGUUUGAAGUUCUAUGAAAUUUUAUCAUUUUGAAUAAUCAUCAGCAUAGUCAAGUUACAAAAUAAAAAAGAAAGAUGAAAUCAGUAUUUCAUCAGGUUUACAAAGAAUAAAGAUUUUACCACAAGAAGUUAUUUAUUUAUUUAUUUUUAAUUAUACCCUUUUGCAACCCAAAUCCUGGCAACCGUUGAAUAUGAAACUUUUAGAAAACAGGGAUAAGUUGAGUAAUCAGGGCAAUAGCAUUAAAUGUAUAUGUGAAGCAUCCUUUGAAUUCACAGGACUUAUGUAUGUAAGUGGUACGUUAUAAAAACUAUGUGUUUCAAAAUGCAUAAUGGAACUUAAUAUAAUUUUGAAUAUGAAAUAGGCAUUCCUAGUUUAGUAGUGGUUACAUCAGGUACAUUCCCCAUGUGUUUAGGGCCUGAAGCAAUAGUUUAAAAGUGGGACUGCAAAGCUAAUGUCAACCACUUAAAAAAUUAAAAAUAACAAAAUGGUAAAUAAAAUGUAUUCUAUGCAUUGGGAGGUCUAGGUCCUAGUCUUAUUGCCCCUUUCUUUUCUCAUUCAGUUCAUCUCAACCCAUGGGGUGCCUUGACUGCACAUGUGUGAUUACUCUAAUCUUCAGCCUAAAGUUUGUCCAAACCCUCUGCAAUUAGCAGUACCCUCCAAGAUAGGGUACAGGAGAGAAGCCAAAGACAGACUUGAUGACACUCAGGGGUAUAAGUUGGACUAUAAAUUUAGGGGUCUGAGAGAUACUGGGCCCUUAGAAACUUUUGACUACAUAAGUAGGAGGGUUGACCCUGGAGUAGGGACAGAGUAGACUAGAACAGGGAUGGAUAGAGUAAAGGUGGUAUACUUAGGUACAUCAUUAAGUUACACAAGUAAUCUAAGAUUAUACAAUCUAGUGGUUAUAGAUUACACAGAUAGUCUAAGCUUCCACCUUGGGAAACAAAAACAAAUUAAG